AAUCUUGACACGACCAUUUAUAAUUUUAUUUACAAUUUGUACUAAUUUUUGAAGAAAGUUUUAUUUAAACGUUUUUAUUUAUACAUAGUUCUAGAGAAAAUGAACGAAAGUGUUUUAGAAACACAAUAAGAACCUCUUAAACUCCAUGGUUCCUUAUGCUAGCUAAGGAGCGUUUUAAAAAAGUCACGAUUAAUAUUACUACUUAUUCUGAACCCAAAACGAAGUAUAUAAUCAAAAUGAACAAAACUUACUCCAGAAACGAAAGUUCAAGAUUUAUAUGCUCGAUAUGUUUAAAUAACAAUGCUAGAAACGAGGAGCAAAACAAUCUCAAAAGCGAUAAAAGGAAAUCUAAAUCAUGUCCAAUGUGUGAUGGAACUGCCACUACUAUAUUGAAUGAAAGAAUCAAUAAAACUGAACAUAAAGCCGAAGAUAGCAGGAUCAAAACCGCACCUCCGUCCAAAGUAAAUGUUGAUCAUGGACUAAAUCUUCUAACUGAAGUGUUGACUGUUUUUCAAAGUCAAAAGGAACAUAAUGAUAAAGAAAAAAAUAGAACUAUCGUAUUAAAAGACGCUUGUGUGUCAGCGGCAUUAGGGAAGACUAAACCAAAAUUGUCUCUUUGCAAAACUUUCCAAUUAUCUAUUGAUGGAGGCUGUGUUCAAGAAAGCGGCAAAUUUUGCUUAGUCAACGCAUGCCAGCCUAAAGUAGCUACUAACUCCCAGUGUUCUAUAGAUCUGAUAAAACACAAAUCUUCUUCUAUACCCCAAAUGAAGAUGGAAGAACUGAAGAAUUCUUUGAAAGAGAAAACAAAAACUAAUAAAGAUGCUAUAGAAGAAGUUAACAGAAUGUUUGCGACUGUGAAAAGAGAUGAUAACUUCGAUAAUAUAAAUAGACCCCUAAUUAGGAAUGGACCAAGAGUAUUGCCAGUGGUAAAAACCUCAAUGGAUACUUCUCAAAGACAAUCGGAUGUGGAUUCUGACCAAAGCUAUAAGAUCUGCAAAUGUUGCCAGAAUAACCAGAACUAUUACAUGUCUAGUGGGGAUUCUGUGGCGAAAAGGGACCGAUGUGAGAAAAGUGUCAACGUGGAAUGUUGCAACAAAAAUCACAACCGUGUACCUAAAGAAAUGGGAGUCUGUGAACGUUGUUGGAAACCCAAUUAUGGUUCUGAUUAUUAGAUCAGUUUAUGUAGGUACUUAGAUGAAAUAAAUUGUCGAGUAGAUAAC